AGUUAACGGCUGCCAGUCACUCCCAGUCAUCCCAGCGGUGGGUUAGUCUGUCUGAGGCAGAAGAGGAGGACGGAAUCAUUCAUUCCUCUGUCUCUGUGGUUCCCCGGAGAGAAACGUGGAGGAUGAAGAAGAAGACAAACUGAGAGGAACGAAAACUAAUAAUCAAACAAGUCAACUUAAACUGAAAAAGGUUCCUUUCUGUGUCUCAGAGGCGUCGCUCCAGAGAAACCGCUCCGCCAGCAGUUACACGUUGUGAGGAGUCGAGAGGGGACUCUUACAUCAUUUGGAUUUAACUGAAGAAUUCGUCCACACGAGAGGUGUGUCUGAUGUGACGCCAGCGGGCUGGCUCAGGGAACACAACUUCAAUACGAUGUAGACACCAAACACCAGACAGAAGAAGAGUGUGAAGAGCGAGCCGACAGACGGAGGGAGAGUCCACGGAGGAGGAAGAGCAGCUGUACCGACCCGACGCCGGCAGAAGAUAAGAAGUGAACGGAGCAGAGAGAGAGAAAAAGGGGAGCAGCAGACGGUGAAUCAUUGACGUGAACCUUUUGUGUGACUCCUUCCUGUGAAGUGUUCAGUCGCUCUCACGUCUCCGCCGGAGAAGGAUCACGACCUCAGCCCUCGGAACAGAGCGAGACUCCAGCCGCCGUCAGCAUGUGCCAUGUGAUUGUCACCUGCCGCUCCAUGCUGUGGACUCUGCUGAGCAUCGUGGCGGCGUUCGGAGAGCUCAUCGCCUUCAUGAGUACUGACUGGCUGGUGGGAUUCCCCCGCACCCCCGACGCUGUCUUCGGCCCCCAUGGGGCCACCGCUGCCGGAGAGGCCUACAGGCCCACUUUAGGCAUCUACGGCCGCUGUAUAAAACUGCCCCACCUGAAGCGUGGAAUACUGUGCGGACCGUACGCGAUACACUUUGGGGAGAUUGCCAGCGGGUUCUGGCAGGCGACGUCUAUCUUCCUGGCGGCGGGGAUCCUGCUGCUGUGUGCCGUGGCGUUCAUCUCGGUCUUCACCAUGUGUUUCCAGAGCAUCAUGAAGAAGAGCAUCUUCAACGUGUGUGGACUGCUGCAAGGGAUCGCAGGUCUGUUUCUGAUCCUGGGUCUGAUGUUGUACCCCGCUGGCUGGGGUUCGGAUAAGGUCCAGCUGUACUGCGGUCCCGACGCGGCCCCGUACCGGGCCGGGCUCUGCUCCAUGGGCUGGGCCUUCUACACCGCCAUGGGCGGCACCGUGCUCACCUUCGUCUGCGCCGUCUUCUCCGCGCAGGCCGAGAUCGCCACCUCCAGCGACAAGGUCCAGGAGGAGAUCGAGGAGGGGAAGAGCCUCAUCUGCCUCCUCUGAGGAUACUCGGAUACUCUCGUCCUGUUGGGAGGAAGAAGAAGAAGAAGAAGAGGAAGAAGAAGAGGAGACACCUGGUCUUCUGGCCGGUGAAACGGAGGCUCUGCGUUGUUUACCACUAAAAACUGUUUCUGUUUGUGUUUACGAGGGAGAAAUCUACAAGUGCCAAGUUAUUUCUCGGUGUGUCUUUCACCACUAGAGGUGCUGCGUCUCUUAUUGUUAUUGUUAAUGUCUGUCUGUCGCCACAUGCUCUGUAAAUACGUGUGAUUAUAUCUAUUUUGUACAUAGUUAAGAAUGAUUAGUCAGCUUGAUCCAGGCUGAUGAUGAUGAUGAUGAUGAUGAUGAUGAUGAUGAUGAUGAUGUCACUCUUGCCUUAUUAAAACACUGGUGUUUCCUGUCACCAGACUGCGAACCAGCAA